AUGAACUCGAACAUGGAUCUCACAUACUUCGGUUACGACGACAACGCUCCCGCUAACUUCGGAGCUAUGGAAGACGUCCCGCAACCAGAUCCCCUUUCAGCAACAUCCACGAAUAGCUCCACUUCUUCAGUCAGCGAACCGAAUGCCGCUCCGCAACCAUUCCAACCAGCGUGGCCUAUUGUGCCUGAGCACCAAACGAUGUUCAACUGUGGGCCGAUCGCUUAUCAGCAUCCGCCGUGGGUACCCGAUCAGCAAUUCGAGCCGCCAGCCAACCCCUUCGGAUUUCAGAACGGCGAUGGUCUCGGUAUUCACAUGCCACCCACUUCGAACCCCGUCGAUUUACCGAUUCAAAUGCCCUACCAGAAUGGCUUUAUGGACCAUCAUUCUCCUCGAGAGGCACACGAUGAAUUUGGUGAUCCGAGCUUCAAUCGUGGCUGGCCACGGCAUCAUGACAUGCCUGCCGACGAUUUGUUCUUCGAUGAGGGUGAAGAUGGUGGAGAGUCUGCUGACCCAUGCUAUGCGCAGCUAUUGUACAAGUGUCUGAAGGAGGCUCCGAACUAUACACUGUCGCUCCGCGAGCUGUAUGAAUGGGUUGCGCAUCACAGCCACAAGGCGAAGGAUCCUAAGAAUCGCGGCUGGCAGAACAGCGUCAGACACAACCUCUCGAUGAAUGCUCCUGCGCCGGGCUCUGGGCAAAAGAAGGGCAGCCUUUGGCGAUUGACUGACGAAGCUCUGCGUGAGGGUGUCAUAUCGACUACCCGCUACCGCAAAGACCCAAAGCGUCGACCAGAACGCCGCGCUGUUCCCGCGCUGAAUCGUCAAGUGUCGGGCGCCAAGGGCGGUCGAGCAACCAGAGAUGCCAGCCGCUUGCGACAACAAGCAGCGCAGCAGCAGCGCUUCCAUGGUCCUUUACAUCAUCAUCGCUCCCGUCGCUCCGAUCGUCACAGACAUGGACCGGCAUAUAGUCCAUACGGCGUCCGCUCCGCACCGCACUCACCUGUCGGCCAACCACACUUCAUUCCACCCAUGUCAACACCUCAACCACCAUCCCACCCACCUAGCCCAUACUUCAACAUCGUGGAAGACAACCAGAUCCCCUUCGGCGACGAACUCACACCCACAGGCUUCGCAUUACCAGGCCAGCAACCCCCUCCCCUCCCACAGAACUCGAUCUAUCCUUUCGACGACUCCAAUACGAAACCCUCUUCCGUCACAAGUUUCGAAAUGUUACCUUUGGAUCUUACUCAAACACAACUUUUCGGCGAUCACGAUCCCGAAUUAGGUUUUGAUCCUAACACACCUACACCAAGCCUCAUGACUGAGGAAAGCUUCAUGGCUGAGGAGAAUGUUCCGCAGCUCAUGUCUUGUGGUACGAGUAGAGAGACUACGACAUUUUGA